CGCCGAGAACUUGCAGUCGCGCGUGCCAUCGCUACCGGAGCGCUUACCCCUCGUCACUCAUUCAUAUUUACCGCCCUUAGCGGGCCUGAAGCAACAAACAGCCAUUAACACGAGCCAGACACGAAAAGAACGCUAAAACAAACGGUAGAUAACAAAUUCGUUUCCUGUGUAAUCGCGAAUGGCGGUUGAUAAAAGCCGCCGGGAACCGUCGAGGAGCGCCGUCUUCGCCGCGUGCAAGUAGCAGACCGGAGAAGAUCUCGAGUGAGCUACCCGAUGGCCUCGCGAUGAACGGCGAAGAGAAGAUACCCUCCCUGGCGACGUGCGCGAGAGCGCAGAGUCAUGACUGAGGGGAGCAACAUUUUCAAUUGACGCGUCUCCGACCCCCGCAUCCCGAAGAGACUUGAGCGCGCGAGUCGAGAUGAGCAAGGAGGACAGCGACGGCGAGGGAAAGUCGCAGGACGCCUCCUCGCCGGACGCCUCGGCGAAAGACCCGAACGCGGACAUCUACGAGAAUCGCAAGCCGAAGAAGAUCAUCCGCGUGGUCACCGUGAUGGCCUACUUGUUCUCGGUGAGCUUCGUGGGUAUUCUCCUGAGCGCCUACUACAUAUUCCUGUGGGAGCCGCCGAAUCCCAGGCUCAUGCGCUCGCAUCUGCGGGCGGAUCCGCAGAUGCAGUUUCUGAUGUCGCCUCCCGCGGAGAGAACGGACCUGACGACGAAGGACGGCGGUCUCCUCCCGCAGAGCGAGGUCGAUCGCGUGCACAAACCUUUUCUUCUGAGUCGCAUCGCGUACGACGGCGAGGAUCCCGCUGUCGAUCCCCGCGACAAACCCGAUCAGGAGAAACAACGAAGACUGAACACGGCGUUGCUGAAGCUCAGGCACUCGCUCGUGGACACCCUACGCGCGCAGCGUCGAAAUUCCUCGCGGGAGACUGCGAUUCCCAGCGGGCAAUUCGACAAUUCGUUCGUGCGCGCGGGAACAGUGUUUAAUUCGACGAGAGAUCGCGCGGGGAACGCGACCUCGCGACACGGCGAGUCCGGGAAAGAGACUUACGGCGAUAACGCUGAUUCGCCUCCGGAAUUCGCGGAUUCCACGAGUACGCUAGGCGUCGAAAGCACGUCGAGGUUCACGACUAUUCCUGGAACCGAGACGAGCGAGAGCCACUUCGGCGGAGAUUCUGUUACCAGCGUCAAUCCGUUUACCGAGGGAAAGAAUCGCGAGAGGAAGCUCGAUGCCGUUGGAUCGCACCUUGCGCGUGGAUUCAGCAACGCGACGACAAGCCACGACGUGACCACCGGCGGCGAUCACCAUCGCGUUUUCGGAGGCAACAAUUCUUCCAGAAUGAUCCAAGAAUUCCUGAAGAUCGGUAGGAAGGAACCGAUGGAACGAAACAAGACCGACGAUCGCCAGUUAGUUAGCGACCUGAGCGACUUACCGGCGAGCGUUACAUCGGAGCAAGGCGUAAACGGUGGUAUUCAGAAUCCCCAGGAAAGUUAUUCCAACGUCGGGUCCUCCUCGGAAGGCCGGAUCGGACAGAUCACGCGCGAUACGGUAUCGAUCGACCCGUCGUCUCGCAACUUGGGAUUCACCGACGGUCCGGGAUUCCAUCAGACGCCGGAUAAGCCGGCCGUCAUAGAAUCACGGUCACGCACCGCGGGGACGAGAAAUUCCGAAGAAGCUGCGUUUUCAAGGUUCCCGCCCGUUUUCUUGGUUAUACGAAACUUACACCAAGGGAUCGCGGCACUUUGUUUGUCGAAGAAAAGAUCGAGGGGUUGCGCUGUGACGUUCUACUAAAACAAAGGCGCGCCUCCCUUUAUAGGACAAGAAAAGCGACAAAGUCGCGUCGAUUCAUUCUCGAAACGAAAUUGCUUAGUAAUCCAGGCAGUCUUUAUUCAACUCUCGUUACAUUUAAUCCCAUUUCGAGGCUGUGCUAUAUCUCGCCGGUAAAAUAUUCCGCUCGUCUCUUCCCCACUUUUUUCCCGUACUUUUAUCCGAAACAGUUUUUUUAAUCAGACGUAAAGACGAUUCUCCUACAAUGUGAAUUAUAUGGAUUUUUUAUGCUCUCUACAACGUAUCCAUCGCGCAUUUAGAAAAAUGCAAAGCAUGUAAAUAAUAUAACGCACAUACGUGGAUUUUUUUUUAGAAAAGUAUGGUAUUGUUUUUCUCAAAUUAAGUCCAUUUAUCCACGUAUUAUUAUUCUACACUAUCCACGAAGACAUCUGCAGCAAUGCAAUUUUCUUUUCUAGCGUGUCAAUAAAUCCCUAUACCCUUCGGCUACUUUUCUUAGGAUUCGACGAACGGUCUUGAGGAUCAAACGGUAGUGAGCGGAAGGCUCUCAAAUAAUAAUAGCACUCCUUCAAAUUGUAUAAAAUAUAAACAGCCUGAGAAGAUAAACAAAUCUUGGAAGAACGACAGUUCCUAUUUGCUCGUAAAACUGUCGACAUCCCUUUUCAUUGUAUAAUUUAUCUUCUGCGUAAUAAAACCGCGUCUCUUUCUUACAGCUUCUCUUCUUCCGAGAGCGAAAAUACAUUAAAAAUAACAUAUAUUUUUCCGAGAAAAACUGUUUGAAAUAACUGCUUAAAAACCCGACAUUUCUCAUGUGUUGCAAUCUAAUACAUCACGCUGUCAUUUUAACCCUUCGAUGGGCGCGAAUAUACGAUGGAUACGCUCGUGUUUUCUCCCGUUUCCUUGCAACUAUUGCUGUGAUUAAGUGAGAGUCAUGUUUAGUUUUUAUAUUGAAGACGAAGGUGUUGACUAUAAAUGUAUGAAUUGUAACUUUUUCCCUUCUUUGUUAUAUUUUUCAAUAUUGUACUUUAUAAAAAUUUUAUAUUCUAUAAGAC